AAAUCCUCCGACAUUAUUUGUAAUCUAAAAAAUAUAGUGCACCGUUGCCUGAAAUGUGGAACAUUCCAUUUCGAUGCCAUUCAUGAAUUUUAUCAACGGCUGCAUUUCUGGCCUCGUGAGUUAAGUUUCACCGAUUCACGAAUUUUGUUCCCGAAACCGUUACUGAGUCAAGUCGGUGUUUCGGUGGCUCCGCAAUUUUGCAUCAGGUUCGCCGCCGUCGGAACAUCUCCGAUUCGCCACCACCGUAUCUGUCUCCGUCAACCGUCGUCACCGAUGUCGUCUUCUUCCGCGAACGACGCCGAGGCUCUCAUGCGCAACCGCAUCCUCUCCAGCAAGCUCUACUUCGACGUGUCUCCGUCCAAGGUUCCGCUUAUCUACUCCGAGUCUUACGACAUAGCGUUUCUCGGCAUAGAGAAACUGCAUCCGUUUGAUUCGUCUAAGUGGGGACGCAUUUGUCGAUUCCUCGUUUCGUUUGGCAUUUUAGACAAAAAAUGCAUCGUUGAGCCUCUCGAAGCUUCCAAGGAUGAUCUUCUAGUGGUACACUCCGAAUCAUAUUUGAAUAGCUUGAAGGAGAGUUCGAAAGUUGCUAUGAUAGUUGAGGUCCCUCCCGUGGCAUUAAUUCCCAAUUGUCUUGUGCAACAAAAAGUUCUUUUCCCAUUCAGGAAGCAGGUUGGAGGAACUAUAUUAGCUGCAAAACUUGCAAAGGAGAGAGGAUGGGCCAUUAAUGUGGGAGGAGGAUUUCAUCACUGCUCUGCAGAAAAAGGAGGUGGAUUCUGUGCUUAUGCAGAUAUUUCUCUGUGCAUCCACUUUGCUUUUGUUCGGUUGAAUAUAUCAAGGGUGAUGAUCAUUGAUCUUGAUGCACAUCAAGGAAAUGGUCAUGAAAUGGACUUUUCCUAUGACAAUCGAGUCUAUAUCUUGGAUAUGUACAAUCCUGGAAUAUAUCCUUUGGAUUAUGAGGCGAGAAACUACAUAAAUCAGAAAGUUGAAGUAAAGAGUGGGACACUUACAGAAGAGUACCUGCAAAAAUUAGAUGAAGCACUUGUGGUUGCUGGGCAAAGAUUUAACCCUGAGUUGGUAAUUUAUAAUGCUGGAACUGACAUCCUAGAAGGUGAUCCAUUAGGAAGGUUGGAGAUCAGUCCUGAUGGAAUUGCCCUUAGAGAUGAGAAAGUUUUCCGGUUUGCUCGUGAGAAGAACAUUCCUAUCGUCAUGCUAACUUCAGGUGGUUACAUGAAGUCCAGUGCAAGAGUCAUCGCAGAUUCAAUAGUCAAUCUUUCGAAGAAAUGUUUGAUAGAAACGAGUGGAGCUCCGAAGUCUACGUAAAGUCAAAAAGUGCUCCUGCACUUCUACGUUAUGAGAUUAUCCCCAGACCCUUUGAGUAUUCGGGUAUAAUAGUAGUGGAAACUUUUAUGUAUAGUAUUUGUUAAUAAUAUUAUUAAAAAAAAAAAAAAAACUUAGUUUAGAUUCUACAUGCAUGGGUUGUAACAUGUAUAUAAAUGUUUGUGUAUUACUACUAUACAUAAUACUUCUACAUGUAUGAGUUGUAACUUGUAUGUAAAUGCUUGUGUAUUAUUAUGAUUA